AAAACACAUUGCGAUUUGAAUGAUUUACAAAGGGUGAUUAUGCAUAUAUUCAGAGCUCAUCGGUUCACAACGCGAUAUGGGCAGCAUUUGCUCUAAGGGGUCAGAAGCGAAUCAUUAUAUCACAGAUGAAAGCGAUGAUGCAAAGAGGGUAAAAAAAGAGUUGACAAAUUUUUGUGUGCAGACAGUUGCUCCCUCCUGCGGGGAGGAGUUUAAAUUGGAUUUCAGUAACAAGCCAGCAAAAGAAGGAUCUGAACAUUCGAUCCAGAAGCGAGAACCUGAAAGAAACACAGCUGUUUCUGUUGUCCCAAAAGUUGAAAAUGAUGGGAAGACGAAAAUCAUUGAGAGGCCAAAAGAUGGCCACCGGAGGCGAUCUACUGUGGAUUUCGGGACUAGUGGGGGGUCGACUUCCAUAUCCCGGAUAGCGAGCAUGCCACAUGGUGUGAGGGGAGAACAAUCUGCUGCUGGAUGGCCAACCUGGCUGACUUCAGUUGCUGCUGAGGCCAUUCAGGGGUGGCUUCCUCGAAGUGUCGAGUCAUUUGAGAUCGUAUGCAAAAUUGGGCAAGGGACAUAUAGCAGUGUCUACAAGGCGCAUGACCUAAAGAGCAAUAAAAUUGUGGCGAUGAAGAAGGUAAGGUUUGUAAAUAUGGAUGCAGAGAGUGUUCGUUUCAUGGCAAGGGAAAUAUGCAUCUUGCGCAGAUUGGACCACCCCAAUGUCAUAAAGCUUGAGGCUGUCGUGACAUCGAGGAUAUCAGAUAGCAUAUACCUGGUUUUCGAAUACAUGGAGCACGACCUUGCUGGGCUUGAAGGGUUGCCAGGGGUCAACUUCACCGAACCACAGAUCAAAUGUUAUGCGCAACAACUGCUUUUGGGAUUGGACCACUGCCAUAGUCGCGGUGUCCUUCACAGAGACAUCAAGGGUUCAAAUCUUCUCAUUAACAGUAGUGGCAUUCUGAGGAUUGGAGACCUGGGAUUGGCCACAACCUUCCACCCUGACAGGAAACAGCCCCUGACAAGCCGCGUUGCAACUCUGUGGUAUAGAGCCCCUGAGCUUUUGCUAGGUGCGACAGAUUACGGAGUGGCCAUUGAUAUGUGGAGUGUGGGUUGCAUUCUUGCAGAGUUAUUCGCUGGGAAGCCUAUCAUGCCUGGAAGAACAGAGGUGGAGCAAAUGCAUAAAAUCUUCAAGCUUUGUGGGUCGCCAUCUGAGGAAUACUGGAGGAAAACGAAAUUGCCUCAUGCCACUAGUUUUAAACCACAGCAGCCGUACAGGCGAUGUGUGGCUGACACCUUCAAGGACUUCCCUGCUUCGGCUUUAGCUCUUGUUGAUACCCUACUCUCAGUGGAACCAGAGAAGCGUGGAACUGCCGCUUCCUCACUAAACAGUGAGUUCUUCACAACAAAUCCCCUGCCAUGUGAUCCAUCAUCAAGUUUACCCAAACAUGCACUGAGUAAGAAGAAGCUUGACACAAAGGCUCAAGAUGAUGAAAGAAGACGAAAGGUCGAAAGCGUGAAAGGACGUAGAGGUGAAUAUAUAGAGAACCCAAGAGAAGAUUCAUAUGGACACCGAACAGGAUACAAUGCACAGCAGGAACAGCGGGAGAGGUCAAAUAAAAGCACUAGUGUGAAAUACAACCCAUUGUUGGACAGUGAGGCAAAAUAUAGGAACACCAUCGUUCAUUCUAAUUCGGUUGUUCACCCAAACGUUAGAGGGGGUCACAGAGUAAAGGAUGAUGGUGGAGGUCAAACUGUCCACGGAGAGAGUCUAGAGAUGGUAAGAGACGAUUCUCAAAAGAGGCGGCAUGUUAAUGUGUUGUUAAGUACUUCGAGAGAUGAAAGAUCAUCUGACCAGGAGGAUAUUGCCAGUGUUUAUGUGGCGAGGCGAAGUAGGAUUCUUUGCUCUGGGCCACUGGUGCCUCCUGGGGGAAACAUGGAAGAUAUGCUAAGGGAACACGAGAGACAAAUUCAAGAGGCAGUCCGCAAAGCAAAGACAAAAAGAAACAGCUACUACGAUUGAUUAAGUAUCAUCGCAGCAGUGUCUCAGGUAGCAGUUAAAACUGGUGUGGCUGACAUUGUUUGGAUUACCAUAAUGAAAAAUGUGCUACUUUGACACCACACACACGCACAAAAGACUUAUUCUGUGCAUGAAUGAUGUCAAAAUAGCAUUGCUCUUAGUCUCUUACCAUACCAAUAGAAGAAACUUGUCAAAGUUUGUAUAGAAAAUUGGUGGACAGGACAACUCUGCCAACUACUUGGUACCCCAACAGUUCCACAUUGUGUAUAAAGUGUAAAAAAAUCCUCAUUUCAGUGGUCAAACAUGGCCUGGAAAAUGAAUGUUAACUAAAUGA